AUGGCAGUUCCUACUCCAGAUAAGCCUUUGAACCUCCUUUCCUUGGAUGAGGAGGAUUCUGCACCGGAUCGUUUGGAGCCUGGCGUGGUAUUGACUGCGUGGGAUCAAGCCAAUCGUUCUGGCACGUCCACUUCAGAUGACAGUGGGACACUCCCAGCAACGAGCACCCCAAGACCUACUACGGCUGCUACCAAUGUAUGCAAUGUAUGGAGCUCCCCCAGCUCUAUGUGCACGCAUACAGAUAUCUCGUCGUGGUCUGAAGGAGCACCACCACCACCACACCAACCUGAAAUUGGAACUCCCACCGUUAUUUCGACUACCCCAGCUCGAUAUCUUCCUCCUGGGAACGUUUUAGUUUCUAAUAUCUCCCUUCCCAUUACUCCUUCUGUUUCUUCCCAUUCCUCCCCACUCUCUUCUACUUCUUCAUCACUUCCUUCUGUCAGUACUCUUACCGCAGAAGACUUUUAUUCCCAACGUCGCAUCCAUCCUUUUAUCUUUCAAGAUUUCCUUUCACACGUCAACUGGCUCGAUAUGGCGUGGCCUUUGGGUAACGAGUCGGGUCCAAACGACAACGUUCUGGCUCGCUUGCAGAGCGCCUCCGUUGAGGACCUGCUCCAGUCCGUCACAGCCACAAUCGGCGAAACCACCAGCAAGCACCUCCCUGUGUUGGGUGGAGUCGUUAAAGUCACCAAUAUCCCGUACACCAUUACACGCCAGGAGGUUAACAGCUUCCUUGGCCGAGGCAAUAACCCCAUAGGCUCUGACCAUGGCCCUCAUAUUCACAUCAUCAUGGAACGUUCAACUGGCAAGACUAUGGACUGCUUUGUUGAGUAUCGCACCUUGGAGGAUGCCCGCAGAACGUGCGCUUCUCUCAACAGAAACUAUGAUCUUGGCAGUGCCCCCCGUAUGGGUGCUCGCCAUGUGGACGUGGAAAUGAGUAGCGCCGCUGAGCUGAUGAAGGCCCUCUUCCCGUUGGCCAAGUGCAUCAGCUGGGUUAACGGUAAACCCGUUGUUUCUUCCCGCCGCCCAUCAUGGUCCACUGGGUUUGAUGGCUUCUUGACUGAUGAGGAGCUGUUCUGUCUCAAGCGCCACGCCGAGCAGCCUCAUCGGAGCGCUUUCGCUAGCAAGAUCCCUCAGCGUUGCUUUGAGUCACUGAUCAGUACGAUCUGGAAGUUCCCCUGGAACGCUAACAACCUGUACACGAUCUAUCAGCGCAAUCAGCUAUUUCAACUUCUAUGCCAGAUGAUCGACAUUUUGAUUGAUCGUAUGCAUCAGAAUAAUACCGUGGGUUUGGAUCAUCGUCUCCUUCUGGAGUUGACCCGCACAGGAAUCAACUGCCCGGGCUUUAAUCCUCGUCAGAAGUGGACUGUCGCGUACCACUCCCAGGACCGCAACAUUAUGCGCACCGUCAGCCAAGACUGGUGCAUUACAUUCCCCUUUGACUGUUUGAGCUACUUGCCAAACCUUGUCCCUCUGGAUCUCAAGAUGAUCGCCUAUGUCAUGUCUCAUGGCGUGGUCAACUUCACCGGUGGCGAAUUCAAGCCAGUCACCAACAUCCCUGGUGUCCGUCACCCUUGGGGACCCAACUAUUUUGAGUGGACCCCUGAUGCGGCGCGCAACGUUAUGUUUGCCGUGGCCCUCAAACAUGAGGCGGAUAUCAUUCGGGCUUUCGUCAAUACUGGUUUCUCGAACCUCCUUAAAGGACAUUUGAGUACCUCAACUGUUGGUACUGCUCCCACCUCCUCCCAGGAGGGAGACAACGGAUCUGUUAGCAGCUCUCGCACGAUCCUUACCAAUGCGCAAAUCUCGUCUGGAACAGGUCGCCCCUCUGUGGUUGUGGUACCCUCGCGGGAUCAUUUGCCUCCGGGGGCUCCUGCGCCCAUGGGCAGAGUGGACGAUCCUGUCCCGCUUCGUGAGCCGCCCGAGCUGCUUGUGUGGAUUGAGAAGAACGUGCCGUUGCCAUUCUCACCUGCUAUGCCUGCGGCAACCCAAGCUGCUGGACCUGCGACUCCAGCUGCCAAUUCUUGGGCCGCCCAGGCUGCUAAUCCUUGGGCUAACCCAGAGGGUACCACCUCGAACUUCCCGAGACCCAUUAUCCGGCCUUUCCGCCGGCGAGCAAUGAGGGCUGUUCAUCGUGAUCCACGGGAAUUCACCAAGGACUGGGUCUUCCCUUUGACUCCCACUGCGGAGGAGCCUGCUGCAGAGGAAGCAGCCGAUGCGACCCCCCGAGCUGGAUCCCAGCGUACUGAGGCGGUUCCGACAGUCGAUCGCCCCUUGUCCCAGCAAAGCAGCACAUACAGACCUCCUCACGUGCGCAACUUGACUGCCGAUAGCGUCGCCUCCGGAGUAUCGGAUCUGGUUACACGCACUCGUGGCAUGAACAUCUCCACUUCGUCCAGUGGAAGCAGUGCGGCUACUUACCACGUGCCCCACGCAACUGCACAGAACGUGCGUUCGUCAUCCUUCUCGGAAUUGGAAACUGCACCUCUCUCCAUGGACAUGACCCAUCACCACUCAUACUCAGAGGUCUUGCGCGACACCGGUUUCACGGCCUCGCGUCGUUUCGAUCCUACUAUCUGGGCGGCGAACCCCAUAUUCGCCAACAGGGGCCCUCCUGGCCUGCUUCCAGCAGCGACCAUUGAGCAGCAGCCCUCUGCUAGUGGUGAGUCCAGUUCUGAGCAGUCUGUCAGUACUGGGCUUGGCUCUGAGCAUCAGUAG